AUGUCAUUUUCCAUUGUAUCCUCUAGGGACUCCCGUGUGAUGAGUGACAUGGAAUCAUUGACCUUGAAUCAACAAAAGAAUAAGCGAUUGUCAUUUGAAGUGGUAAGCUGCAGAAGCUCACAACACGUUGUCAGCCCUGCUUAUGAACACUUUGUAGAGGGGUAUUUGAAAGACGUUGAUCCUGCUAAGGAGGCUGAUACACCAGAAGACGCCAACAAAUUGGAAGGUGAUACAGUCCUUGAAGACGCAAAUGAAAGCCCAAAAAGUCAGAAAAGUAGGGCUCAUAGCAAUCAUAGCCAUAGUAGUGUGAGUUUUCAUGAGGCACAAUCCAAUGAAGAAGAGUUGUCUCAAGACUUGCAAAUUAACCAGGACAUGACUGAAAGCAAUCCAUCUCUAGAUGAUAACCAAGAAGUGGUCUCCUUGGAGAGUCUACCACCAAAGGCUAGUCUAACUGAUCUGCCCUCCAAAUUACUGGAUAUUAUCGCCAGUUUCCUUCCCCAACAGUCAGCUAUAAAUUUGUCACAAUGUGCAAAGAAAUUGAUUCCCAGCACAAGGAAACGUUUGCUGCGAAAAGUGGUGUUUGUCAAUUCGUGGAAUGAAGCAUGUAGUUUGCAGAGAGAACUCAACUCAAAUAUCCCUAGCACCAUUGUUUCAAUGGAAAAAAUGAUUCCCUUUUUCAGUACCAUUAGACUGAGUAGCGGCAACUUGGGUUCAUUGGUCAAAGAAUUGUGGUGUUUUGCCUCAGUGACUUGGGAAUCUGGAUUAGAGUUCACUAUCAAUGAUUCCUGGUUUUUGGUUGCUCAACACCUAACAAACAUGGACACAUUGAUCUGGCCACAGCUGCCCAUCCUGAAGUAUUCUAUCUUACCUUUGGCUAUACGUUUGAAAAUCAAAAGUUUGUGUGUGGGGAUUUCUCAGAUCAAUAACAACAACCUUGUGAGUUUCGACAAUAACGUGUUGAGCUUCCCCAAUCUUAAACAUUUAGCCAUCAACAUGGAUCAUCCCAACGGAAGAAUUGAAAAUUCAGAACUGGUGUCCAAUCUUUUGGUGUGGGGUGGGACUCUGGACAACUUGGAGACUUUGGCAAUUUCUGGAUCUCUGAACGAAGUUUUAUCCAAGAAUUUGGUGUUCCAUGGAGAGGAAUCUCGUAAACCAAUGGUAUCGGUUGUCAAGGAAGAAAAGUUUCCAGAAAAACCCAAAGAGCCUGUAAAAGAGCUGCCAAGGACACCUGUCCUCCAGCAAGACACUUAUCGUAUUCCACCUCCUCCAGAAUCAACCACUGCUAAAAAGAAUAAGCUUCAUGUUAAUUUCACUGAUAAGCUACGACCAAAGAGAAGAGUACAUUCUGAAGAGGAUCCUGCCUCAGUGGAACCAUCUGCGUUCAAGCCUUUAAGCCCAGUGAUAAACCCAGUACCGGCUGCAGCAUUCCCAAUUUCGCAGCCCAGUACUUCUCCUCCCCAGCAAGCUCCUCCCUCUAACCCAACUCCAGGUAGCCCAUUCCAGCAGCAGAAUGUCAAACCCCCUACUCAAUCUAGCUUGGCCUUAGACGAUUUGUCAAUCAGCAAGAUCUGGUCCAGCUCAUUGAGGCAAAUAAAAAGAUUUAAUAAACUGAGAAUCAACACCCUUUCUUUGGAUAAGAUACUGAUUGACUCCAACGAUAUUAAUGUUUUGUUUGACUGUAUCGAGUUUGGAGGCAUCAAACGUUUGGAAAUGAGGAAUGUCGUCCAUAAAUAUAACGGACAUGUAAAUACUAGUUCCAUCAGCGCAGGAGACCAACUGCUGCUAUCAUUUAUGUUUGAGCUGGGAAGCCGAUUAGAAAAGGUCGAAGAACUAUCACUGGAUAUCAAGUUCAUGUGUAGUCAUUGUCACAAAGAUUGCCAGUUACUGGAAAGAAACUACGUUAUCAAGUUUUUGAAUCAACUUCCACCUUUGAAAUCGAUUCAUUUGACUAGUCAUGAACUGCGCAGCUUAAAUGUAAAACACCUUUCAAAGCAUACGCAAUCGCUGAGGAAGCUUUCGUUUAGCAACCCAUCUAAACUUGAAAAGUUGAUCAUUGCGUUGAAGCAGCAAGGAGAGAUCUUGAACAGUUUCUGGGAAACUGGCUCCGGUACUAGGAUUGAUGAGAGGCUGUUGACCCAUUUCAAUAACAAUGUGGCUCGUAUGCCGCUGAUCAAUGACGUGUUUACUCCAUCUUUAGACACGCUAAAUGAUGAUCUGUCUAACUACAAAAGAAAACUGUUUUCCACAAACAAGUAUCAACUACUAAGUGUUUUUGGACUGCUUGUCGAUGAAUAUGAAACCUCCUUCCCACUACUAACGGACUUGACAAUACUCAGUUAUCGCUUUGAGUUGAAGUCCUCCAGGAUUCGAAGAAAUGCCGAGAAAUUUGAUAGGAGUAAUCUGAGAUACUCCACAAUGUUUGGAAAGCCCAACAGGCAAAGAAGAAUAGUUACCGGGUGA